GACAGCGACGCCACCAAGACCGGUUAGCCCCCUGGCUUGUCUCAGACACACACACACACACGGGAGAAAGAGAGGGCUCACAGCCACUAAUAGAUAUAUAUAUAUAUCUAUAUUUUAUAUGCAGUGGUUUCAGGCCCAGCCCCAAUCCAACCAACUGCUGAAUAAGAAGAGACGCACGCGGCUGGCCAGGGUUCGACAACCUUCAGGAGAUGGAGGUGGAUGGCGCGAAGACGACGGCCCUGGUGGUCCUGGCCGCCGGCACCCUCCUGAUGAGCGUCCUGCCGCUGUACAUGCGCAGGGCGCUAACCCGCUGGGUCCACCAGGACAGGCGUCAGAGUGUGAUCAGCGGAUGCCUGUGCUUCGGAGCUGGAGUCCUCAUCGCCACUGUUUUCUUACAUCUAAUGCCGGAGACGAAGGACACUUAUGCGUAUGCCAUGGACGUCGGGUACAUGAAGCCCAUCAGCUACCCUCUGGCGGAGUUGAUCUUGUGCUUCGGUUUCUUCCUUGUGUUUCUGAUCGAAGAAAUUAUUCAUAGUUGUAUAGGCUUACACCAGGAGCGUGAGAGUGGGGCACAGACCACGGUGAACGAAAGCAAUCUUGAAAAUGGACAGGAAACAGAGCCAAGGAAGACUUCGGAAGAUACAAUGCCAAACAACCGGAAGGAAGGUAAAGUAAAUGUUGUGGGAGAAAUGGGACUAAUAAACGAGGCAACUGAAGGCACCUAUAUAACCAGGGCCCCAGAAAGCGACGCCUCUGCACAGAGUGCACACACAACACCUCACGCCAACCACCAUGUCUCCAGUUUCAGCCAAAGCACUUCCAUCCUGGAAGCCGUGGUAGUGGUUGUGGCGCUGUCAUUUCACAGCAUCAUGGAGGGUCUGGCAAUUGGUCUUGCGAGGGAUGCUACAAGCGUCUGGAUUCUCUUCGGUGCUGUGGGCGCGCACAAGUUUGUCAUAGCCUUCAGCAUAUCCAUGGAGCUCCUGGAAGUCGGGCUUUCUCUAAAGCCCUUCUUGGCGUCCAUGAUUAUUUUCUCCUUGGCCUCUCCCAUUGGAGGCUUCAUAGGAUAUAGCGCUCUAUCUCCGUCUCUCUCAUCUGGAGAAACUGGAGCAAACGUCUUGAUCCCCAACGUCCUACAGUCGCUGGCAGCAGGUACAAUACUGUACGUCGCCUUUUGUGAGGUUUUGGAGAGGGAACGCGCCAAGUGUAAGGGAGGCUGGGUGCGAUUCUCAACGCUGUUUUUGGGUUUCUGUGUCAUGGCAGGACUGCAGUGCUUAGACAAGGAGGAACAAAAUGGUGGUCCUAACACGGCGACCACUGUUCAACACAUCACAGCCUCGACAGUGGGUGUGUAAUGAGACGCCCAGCGUAGUUGGUGACGCUGAUCACGUCGGUUACUGAGGCAGUAAAGCCACAUUACACUCGUUCACACUCUACAAUUAUGCUCAUGAUGCAGUGAACUCUUGCACUGGAGAGUCACAGUAUUGUGUGUAAAUUAAGGCAGCAUCGCUGUGACCAUGCCAGAGCGUUACAGUGGUCCCCCCUAGAGCGUUACAGUGGUCCCACUAGAGCGUUACAGUGGUCCCACUAGAGCGUUACAGUGGUCUCACUAGAGCGUUACAGUGGUCCCACUAGAGCGUUACAGUGGUCCCACUAGAGCGUUACAGUGGUCCCACUAGAGCGUUACAGUGGUCCCACUAGAGCGUUACAGUGGUCCCACUAGAGCGUUACAGUGGUCUCACUAGAGCGUUACAGUGGUCUCACUAGAGCGUUACAGUGGUCUCACUAGAGCGUUACAGUGGUCCCACUAGAGCGUUACAGUGGUCCUACUAGAGCGUUACAGUGGUCCCACUAGAGCGUUAACUCACAAAAGAACACUCCACUGUACCACUUGAACAUAUGCUUUACAUCACAAUACUUUUCACAUAAAAUCCUUCGUUCAAUUCAUGUGUGUGAAUCGUGCUUCGUCAUAUCAUUCGUCAACGUACUUUAAAUACGAAUACAUACUAAUUGAACCAAAACCAUUUGUUUACCAACUUGUGUAACUGUUGAUAUCCGCCAUGUAUAAACUUGAAGAAAAUUGUAGUCUUCUGUUUAUUUAGUUAAAAUUACUUCUGCUUUCCUGUUUCAAUUUCUGUUGUACCAUUUAUCAUGUUAUUAUUAUCAUUCUAUUUUUUUCAAUUAAAUUUAUGCUUUGAUCUCAAUUAGUUUUAAGUUUUAGUCUUAGUGUUGUUCACACAUCUUACCCUUGCGUAUUAGUGGUUGUAGGUAUAGUGUGUAUUAACUCUAUCUAGAAAUACAACAUUCUGUUUGUAACGCUUCUUGUAUGUAUGUACAUGGCUGUGAAUAAACAUUAUUUAUUAUG